AUGGCUGGAGGUCGAUUCCGUGAGUUAUUAAAGAAGUACGGAAAGGUAGCUCUCGGAGUACACUUUUCCGUCUCCGCCGCAAGCAUCUCCGGUUUAUACGUUGCUAUAAAAAACAACGUCGACGUCGAAUCCGCUCUGGAAAUGGUUCGUUUCAAACAGCUUGAAUCAAUCCUCGAAAAAGUCGGUAUGGGAGGCCCAAAAGAAGAAACGGAAGGAGAAGUUGCAACUAUGUCCCAAUCAAAUCAGGAAGUGAAACCGAGGAAUCGGACGGCUGAACUAGCGGCAUCGAGCGGCGGUGCACUGGCGCUGGCUGUUCUCUGUAAUAAGGCUCUCUUUCCGAAGUGCUUUUUAUCACCAAAAACUUAG